GUACUUACGCUCAGAGCACACACAUGUAUUACCAGAGUGACGGGAGGAUGUUUGGAUUAUGAUGCACAUCUUUAUCCGAAGCAGAAUCUAACGGCAAAGAAAACGAGUGUGGAUUUAUGAGUGGCUUUUGGUUUUAAUUCUACAGAUCUUUUAUUAAUGAAUAUUUAAUGGCUUGGAAAUGGAGAUAGCUUUGGUGAGUUUUGAUAAGCGAGGAGAUGGAGGCAGUGAUGGAGAAACCUACCAGAACCAAAACUCACUGGAUCAUCCACGCUUGGUCCACAACAAAGAAAUAUAUUCCAGAAGUCCACAACAGAGCUCAUGGAAAAUGAACGACAUGAACAACACAAUGAUGGGCUCCACUGAGAAUACAGUGGAGUAUUACAGUCCCCAUUUGUUUGAUGAGGACAUUCUGGAUAUGGAUAUGGACCAUGAGAACAACGAACGAGUUCUUAUUAAUAUCGCUGGGCUGAGGUUCGAGACCCAGUUGGGCACUCUGAACCAGUUUCCCGACACUUUACUGGGAGAUCCUGACAAGAGAAUAAAGUACUUCGACCCCCUUAGGAACGAGUAUUUCUUUGAUCGUAACAGACCGAGUUUUGACGGGAUUCUUUAUUUCUAUCAGUCCGGCGGGAAAAUCCGGCGACCCGUUAACGUGUCGAUCGACGUGUUUGCCGACGAAAUCCGCUUUUAUCAGCUGGGAGAAGACGCGAUGGACCGUUUCCGCGAGGACGAGGGCUUUAUCAAAGAAGAAGAGAAACCGUUGCCACAGAAUGAAUUUCAGAAACAGGUAUGGCUCAUUUUUGAGUACCCUGAAAGCUCCAGUCCUGCGCGAGGCAUCGCUAUCGUCUCCGUCCUCGUCAUCACCAUUUCCAUCAUAACUUUCUGUCUGGAAACUUUACCCGAGUUUCGCGACGAGCGAGAGCUUCCAGUGACCAGUCGCGCGAUCAAUGGUACUCAAGAGCGCCCGUCGCUCACCUUCACCGACCCGUUCUUCAUCAUUGAAACCACCUGCGUGAUUUGGUUCACAUUUGAGCUCUUCGUGCGCUUCUUUGCUUGUCCCAGUAAGUCAGAAUUCUCCAAAACCAUCAUGAACAUCAUUGACAUCAUGUCCAUCAUGCCUUACUUCAUCACCCUGGGCACAGAGCUGGCAGAACAGCAGGGUCAGGAGCACAAUAAUGGCCAGCAGGCCAUGUCUCUGGCCAUACUAAGAGUCAUUCGCUUGGUUCGGGUGUUUCGCAUAUUUAAGCUCUCUAGACACUCCAAGGGGCUUCAGAUCUUGGGUCAGACUCUGAAAGCCAGCAUGCGAGAGCUGGGCCUCUUGAUCUUCUUUCUUUUCAUUGGUGUCAUAUUGUUCUCCAGUGCUGUCUUCUUUGCUGAGGCAGAUGAACCUGAGUCUCACUUCUCCAGCAUCCCAGAUGCCUUCUGGUGGGCGGUGGUGACCAUGACAACAGUUGGGUAUGGUGACAUGAGACCGGUGACGGUGGGGGGCAAAAUUGUGGGCUCUCUCUGUGCCAUUGCAGGGGUGUUGACCAUUGCACUACCGGUGCCCGUCAUCGUGUCCAACUUUAACUAUUUCUACCACAGAGAAACUGACCAAGACCAGGCAUCUCUCAGAGACGAGCCAAAUAUUGGUAGCCCUUCAAACCCAUGUGAUGAAACACAUGGGCUGAGGAAAUCAUCAACCUCCAACUCCAGAGAUACAGAACAUAAUGAAGAAACAACGCCUGUUGAAAAGACUAACAUGAAAGCUAACAGCAGAAUGGAUAUUAAACGUUCCCUUUAUACAUUUUGCUUGGACGCUAGAGAAACAGACCUCUAGUUCGUCCGUCACCACCCCAUUGCACUACCGGUGCCCGUCAUUGUUUCCAACUUCAGCUAUUUUAAUCUCAGGGAUACUGACCAGGAGCAGCGUUGUUGUGUUGUGUUGUGUCAUGUUGAAGAAAUCUUCAAAUUCAAGAGAUUAAGAAUACAGAGAGGAAUCAAACAUGUUUGAGAAGACUAACGUGAUAAAUGGAAUAUUAAAUGCUCCUGAGAAAGACAAACCUCUAGUCCAUCCAUGCUUAAUGCACCCAAAAUCUGUGCAAUCCAAGGAUCAUCGCACUGCUAAAAUCCUGGAAAGUUGCUGUUAUUUUUUUAAAGUACAUUUUAAUCUGUUGAUCUCUUGGGCACCAACAGCUUUUAAGCAUUACUUUUAAGAUUUCUUAUUCAGAGCAGAAAACAAAAUAAUAAUGAAUUAAAUAAGUAAAAUAUUAAGAACUUGCUUUGAUGGGAUGCUUUGAAAUUCAAAAAUCACAGGCCUUAAC